AUGACUGACACCGACAACGCCACCACGUCUCUGCCACUUGAUGGCCGGCGAGUUGCGUUCCGUGAAUUGAUUCUUAUGGCCUGCUGUAAACGUGCAUACGACGAGUUCGGAGGGUCGCCUCCUGCCCCGUCGCAGCUGGCUCAGUGGUUCAACAGCUCGGACAUGGAGCGGUACUGGAGGCUUGCAGCUUGCUACCAUGAUGAUCUGCUGCCAUCGAGAGCCUCUAUCGAGCAGCUCAUCCUGGGCCACGAGGUCACACCCCCUCCGUACUGGGUACCCACCGGGGCUCAGAAUCGGAGGUUGUUCUGCAUAUCCAAGCCUAGUCACCCACCUUGUCCGUCCGCAAUGUUGCUUGGCCUCGGGCCCGAAGUGGCGGAGGAGGGUGAUGUUGUAUUCCUGGUGGCAGCGGCCGUAUUCCCACUGGUACUUAGGCCAUUACUGGGCGACGAUCGCGCUGUGACAUGCGAGAUAGCCAAGCACUUCGAUCGAGCCGUCGGCACGGAUCCGAGUCCUAACAUGAUCAAGCAAGCUGAGUCGAGUAUAUCAGGUCAAAAGCAGUAUGCCAACAUCGGCUUCCUGCAAGGAUCGGCAGAGAGUACUCCAAGCUUGAAAGAAGGGAGUGUUGACCUCGUCGUUGCCGGCCAAGCAGCGCACUGGUUCGAUUAUCCGAGGCUUUGGCCCGAGAUGAGGCGACUGGUUCGACCAGAAGGGACUUUGGCGUUCUGGGGCUACAGCGAUCCUGUUUUCGUUGACUUUCCACGUGCUUCGAGGAUCAUGCAGACGUAUCAGUACGACGAUCGGCCAGGCAAGCUAGGUAGCUAUUGGUCGAUGCCUGGACGCAGCUAUACGCAGAACAAGCUGCGUGUUAUCGAGCCGCCAAAUGCUGAUUGGGAGGAUCUCGAGCGGAUCGAGUACGAGGUCGGUACUAAUGGCCGACGUAGUGGCAAGGGUAUGUUAUUCAUGGAAAGACGGUUGACGGUGGGAGAAAUGAAAGGCUACCUCAGAACUUGGUCCAAUUAUCAUGUCUGGAGCCAGGAGAAUUCGAGUAUGAGCGCGAGAAGUGCUGGCGGUAACGGCGAUGUGGUCGAUGAGAUGUUCGACGAGGCGGCAGACGCGGAUGAAGUGUUCAGAAAGGAGGACAAUGUCAUUGACAUUGAGUGGGGCUCUGGUCUAGUGAUGGCUCGAAAGAACUCGUUUUGA